AGCCCAAUGACGUCAGUGUGUUGAUGUUGUGUUGGUGACGCGGCAGGCAGGCAGGCAGGCAGUGAGUCAGCGGCGGCGGCAGUAGUAGUAUCUCCGGAUCUGGAAGUGCUGUUGGUGUUAAUAUAAAUUAUUCCCCCUAACUACUGGUUUUAUACAAAAAUGGCGCUUCCUGCAGCUCCCAAUCUGCAGUUAAACUCAGAAACACAAAGCAGUCCGAUGAAUGACCCUGAAAAUAACAUUCACAUCGACGAGAAAGAACUGGAAAAUCUAACCAACAAUGAUCAAGACGGUACAGCCCUCCUUCUCCAUUCUCCAUGGACAUAUUGGCUCGAUAGGUCAUUACCUGGAGCUACAGCAGCUGAGUGUGUGUCUAACUUAAAAAAGAUCUACACAGUUCAAACAGUACAGAGUUUCUGGGGUGUUUAUAAUAAUAUUCCUCAAGUGUCUUAUCUGCCUCUGAGGUGCAGUUACCACUUAAUGCGAGGAGAAAGGCGGCCGCUAUGGGAAGAAGAAAGCAAUUCAAAAGGAGGAGUAUGGAAGAUGAAAGUACCUAAAGAAAGUACGACUGUAGUUUGGAAAGAAUUAUUACUUGCUACUAUUGGAGAACAGUUUGCAGACUAUUGUGCAUCAGAAGAUGAAGUAGUUGGUGUCAGUGUUAGCGUCCGAGAUCGAGAAGAUGUUGUUCAAGUCUGGAAUGUAAAUGCAUCAUUUGCAAGUGAAGCAACUAUUUUAGGAAAGAUCUAUGAGCUUCUCCCGCACAUAUCUUUUAAGGCAGUAUUUUAUAAACCUCAUGAGGAACAUCAUGCUUUUGAAGGAGGCCGUUCAAGACGCUAGCCGCACCUUGUAUAAAAUUUACACUUUUGUUGUGUCUUGUGAGUUGAACAUAGAGAGUACUGGAUCUCACCCUUGUAAAGUUCGACAUGUUACAAUUUAUAAAUUGCUGUAUAUGUUAUUAUAUUAAGUGCUAAAGAGAUUUUUUUUUUUUUUAACCAUUUCCUUAUGCAUGCCAUUUUACCUAACCAUUAACUCUUUAGGGGCAUUCCUGCUCUUCCAAGUAAGACGUCCAAGUGGUAUUGUUUGAAUACAUUGAUUUUGUAAACAACUUAUAAUUAGCAGAGCACAUGGGUAAGAAGCAGUUCAUUCUAAUGUUCCAGUACAAGUGUGCAUACUCGCUUGCAUACAUUUUAAAUCACAGCCAUUUUAAAUCGUAAUCUUGAGCCAUUCCUAGUGGUAAACAAAUACUGUCUUGCUCCCAUGGGAAGAAAUAAUGCACUGCAGUCUUUUAGCUCACUGGUGUAGACAUUUUAAGUUUUUUGUAAAAGUAUUGCACUGAUUUUUCACAAUGUCAGUAGCACAUAAAUACUGUAGUAGUUGGUGGUUGCUGGUUUGCUCUUGUUUCUCUACUGUGUUUACAGUAUGGUGAUUUAGUUUAUUCCAUCUGUGAUGCCAAACAAUUUAAGUAUUUUAACUGGCAUCUGCACAGUAUUCUUUGAAGAUACAAUAAUAACAUUGCCAGUGCUUAAAUAUAACCCCAGUGUGUCUCUUAAUGUGCAAUGGAAUCUAUGAUUUGGUUUAAAUGACUAUUGCAGACAGAGUUGUGUUCGUUAUAAUAGUGUGGUCUUCGUGUGACCUGUUUUACAGCAACUUUCUUUAAUAAAUGUUACUUAGUGUUACAAUAAAGAGUCACUUUUACAUUGCAGAUAUACAUGCUUUCACACUGGUGCCGGUCAUUUUACAUAAACUGACUGAACAAAACGUAAUGGUGACCUUCACAGAUUCCACUGUGCAAUGUAAGAUCUCGAUGCAUGAAAUGGUCAAAUGUUUCAAAGAGUAGACAGUAGAAAGGUUUGAUGUGAAAAACUUUAGCACCAAGAGUCGGUAUAUUAUAAUUUGUACUGUAUUUUAUAUAAUAAUACCAUGUCAAGAUUGUAGCUCUAUUUGUUUUGUCACCAAAUUAAAACAGUUUCAUCUAAGGGUAUACUACACCUCGGAUAAAUAAGAUACCUUGCUUGUUUUAGGAAAAACAAUUGGCCAGAUUUAUACUGUCACAGUAUGAGUUUAUAUUGAACAGUGGUAUACAUCCAAAUGCCUCUAUUGUCACCUCAGAUUGGGAGCUGUUUGUACAUAUCGCUGCUAUGUAACCAAAGAGUUAAUGUUUAACAUGCGUUACAUGGUAUAGAAUACAACACUGAAAGGCUAUGAAUGUACACUUGCCCUGCCAAAAUUAUUCACAGAUAACAUCUAGUUUAAAUUUUUUGCUAUAGGAGUACAAGACGGUCACAAUUUUAGAUUUCAUUUUGUAAACUUUGAUCUUAAAUAUUAAAACACCCAUAAAAGUGUUCUUGCCACAGACUUUGUACGUUCGAUUUGCAUUUUGUUUCAAAUACAUUGUCAGCAUAGGUUAAGAUGAGUUAUGGGAGGCCUGCUUUUUUAUCACUCAGGUCUAUCAAUGUGAAAAUGCACUAAAGCACAAAAAUGUUAAACAUUGAGUUGAAAGUUAUAUUUUAGUAAACAUACAGUAGGCACAUCAAAAUGUAAUCUAGAUGUUUUUUUUUUUUUUUUAAAUAUAACAGUUAUAUGAAGCAUCCUUAAAGUAUAGAAAUUGAUGUUUUUUAAUAAGUAUAUAUAAAUAUGUAAUAAGAUAGUUGUCAGAUAUGAGACCUUGUGAAAGCUAAUAAUGUUCAUAAUUUACAGAAUGGUGCCUUGUGUUCUCCCAGGGUUUAAACAUUUAUAGAAUGUGAUGUUUAUUUGAACUUUUUAAUAGUUCUUCUGUAUAUGAAAUAUUUUUUUUUGCUUGUAGGUUUUGAAAAAACAAUUCAAAUAAAAUGUACAAACGUA